GCGGCGCUUCCUCCGCCCGGGCUUCCGCGUCGCAGCCCGGGAGCCGGAGCCCGGGGAGUCCGAGUCCUGGUGGGCGGCCCACCCGGACCGGACCGGACCGGGGGUCAGAGUCCAGGCGGCGGCCCGGGCCGAGGCGGCCGGCGCUGCGUCCCUGCGAGAUGGACGGGCCGGAAGGCAGUGCCGGGCAGCCCGGCCCCGCGGAGCGCUCCCAUCGAAGCAGCGUGUCCUCCGUGGGAGCCCGAGCAGCAGACGUGCUGGUGUACCUGGCGGAUGACACCGUGGUGCCCCUGGCAGUGGAGAGCCUGCCGUCCCUCAGUGCCCACGAGCUGCACCGCGCCAUCCGGGAGGUCCUGCAGCUCCCGGACGUCGCCCUGGAGAUCUUCGCCCUCUGGCUGGUCUCCCCGCUGCUGGAGGUGCAGCUGAAGCCCAAGCACCAGCCCUACAAGCUGGGCCGCCAGUGGCCAGAGCUGCUGCUGCGCUUCACUGACGCCCCGGACGACGACGUGGCCACAGAUGAGCCGUCCCUGCAGUUCCGAAGGAACGUGUUUUUCCCCAAGCGGAGGGAGCUCCAGAUCCACGACGAGGAGGUGCUGCGGCUGCUCUACGAGGAGGCCAAGGCCAACGUGCUGGCGGCGCGGUACCCCUGCGACGCGGAGGACUGCGAGGCGCUGGGCGCCCUGGUGUGCCGCCUGCAGCUCGGGCCCUUCCAGCCCGGCCAGCCCACCGCCUGCGCCGUGAGGGAGAAGCUGGACUCCUUCCUCCCCGCGCACCUGUGCAAGCGAGGCCACGGGCUCUUCGCCGCCCUCCGGGGCCGCGGGGCCAAGGCCGGGACCAGCGAGCAGGGCCUGCUCAGCGCCUACCGCAGGGUGAAGGAGGGCAGCGGCGACAGCGAGCGGGAGGCGCCCCUGCGGACCCACUACCAGGCCUACCUCGCCAAGUGCCACGAGCUUCCCUACUACGGGUGUGCCUUCUUCCACGGCGAGGUGGACAAGCCAGCCCAGAGCUUUUUGCACCGGGGCGGACGGAAGCCGGUGACGGUAGCCAUCAAUCUGGAGGGUGUGCAUGUCAUCGACAACAGGGAGAAGCACGUCCUGCUGGGCCUGCGUUUCCAGGAGCUGUCCUGGGACCACACGUCCCCCGAGGAGGAGGAGUCUGUCCUGUGGCUGGAGUUCGAUGGCAACAAUGAGGGCACGCCAGUCAACAAGCUGCUCAAGAUCUACUCCAAGCAGGCUGAACUGAUGAGCAGCCUCAUCGAGUACUGCAUCGAGCUGAGCCAGGCCUCUGAGCCCACUGCCCCCCAGGAGGGCGCCUACGGUCCCUCCUCCGCCCCCGGCUCCUCACCGCCUCCCGCUCAGCGCCCCCAGCUCCGCAGACAGGGCAGCGUGGUGAGCAGCCGGAUCCAGCACCUGUCCACCAUCGACUACGUGGAGGAGGGCGAGCAGAUCAGGCCGGUGAAGCCGAAGCGCACCACGUCCUUCUUCAGCCGGCAGCUGUCCCUGGGCCAGGGCAGCUACACCGUGGUGCAGCCCGGCGAGCGCCCAGACCAGGGCUGAGGCCGCGGCAGUGCGCAGGAGGCGGGCAGGGCCGGGCGGGGCCCUGAGCUGGAAGAAGGCUACCUCGACGCUGGAGCAGGGACGUCUGUGCUUGGCUGUGCCGGGCUGUGCCCAGCAGCUCAGGGAUCCCACCGGACCCUUCGCACUGUGGGCCCCGCUGCCACCCAGGACCUCUCCUCAGGCCCGGACCCCCUUACCCAGGGACUCGCCUGUGGGCCCAAGACGGACAGCGCUUCCUGCUCUGAAGCCACACGGCGGCUCCCACGGCAGGAGGUCAAGGACCAGGGCUUGGGCCCUGCAGGUCCCGUGUGCGUCUUUGUCCUCCCUGGACUUCGGCGACCACAUCCCCGCGGUGCCCUGGCCGGCAUUCCAUUCCACGCAUGUGCCAGGCGGGCGUCCCUGGCGGGUGGGCCGGGCCUCAGAGCUGAGCCAUGGCCGGUGGCAGCACCGGGAGGAGGGGCCGCACUCAGGCCCUCCCUGGAUGGAGGGAACCGGAGGGAGCUGGGCAGGCCCAGCGCAGCGGGGGCACCUGUGCCCUCACUCAGGCCUCUGUGGGCAGGGACACUGACCGGAAGGAAAGUGCCUCUUUGCUGGUUUUGGUGACGUCACUGUGCUGGAGGGCCCCCGCCCCCACUGGGAGAAGCUCCCAAACCCCCGGCUUCAGGUUGGUUUAGUUUUUACUCAUCAGCUUUGGUUCCUGGAACCCAGUAAACUCAGAAGCAACUGGAGAAAACUCCACACCCUCAGAGCCCACUCCCCCUGGGAGGUGGUGUGUGCUGGGGGCCGGCCAGGCGGGAAGUCCCAUCCCAACAGCGGUCCCUCUUUCUUGGGAACAAAUGGCCGCGGUGAAUGUGGCGCCGGCUGGCCAGCCCAGGAGCUCCCCGCUUCCUGGGACUUUCUGCGGGAAGAGGCGCCCGCUCAGCCAGCUCAGGGCUCGCUUUGUCUCCUUCCUGGCGGGCUGUGGGCGAGGAAAUGCCAGCCACGCCUCCAGAUGCCAGAGCCACCUCCUCCCUGGUGACGUGGGAACUCCAGGUGUCUGAGGUGGGCUCGCCUCGGGCAGCAGGGACCGUAUUUGUCAUAAAAGGUGCCCAGCCUGGAGUCACUGGCUCCCGCUGCCCAGCGUCUGGCUCCCGGCCCUUGGCCCUCCAGCCCACACACUGUUUUGAUGCCAAGUGCACUCUUAUCUGAUGGGCCCCGGGGCCUGUGGGUGUGGUGGGCGUGUGUGCACACAAAUUACUUUUUACUCCUGUUUUCUAAGCAGCCAUUGUGUCUUAACCUUUCCUCCUGUCCUUUGGGACAAAGCCUUUUGCUAAAUGUCCUUUAAAUAUUCUGAUUGUUUUGUACCACGUGACUUAUUAAUAAUAAAACCUUUCCAGCA